AUGACACAUGUUUUAGAGACAGAAUAUUUUGGUUCAAAGAAAGAAUGGCUCUCAGUCUGCCUGUCAGUCCUCAAGAAAGUGAAAAGAAGGAUGCAAAUUGUAUGGGUACAAAACAGUCACAAACUACUUCUAUAGCUUCAGAAGACCCUCUUCAGGACUUACGCUUAGCCUCUCAGGAAGUGCUUCAUAAGGCUCAGCGGAGUGGAAGGUCACGAUGUCUCCAAUGCGGUGGCUCAAGGAUGUUCUACUGCUACACCUGCUAUGUCCCAGUGGAAAAUGUGCCCACUGAGCAGAUUCCAUUUGUGCAACUUCCAUUGAAGAUUGAUAUCAUUAAGCAUCCAAACGAAACAGACGGCAAAAGCACAGCUGUGCACGCCAAGCUUUUAGCACCCAGCUCUGUGAGCAUCUACACAUACCCGUGCAUUCCAGAGUAUGAAGGGAAGGACCAUGAGGUUGUACUUGUUUUUCCCGGGCCUCAGUCCAUCUCAAUAAAAGAUGUUUCUUUUCAUCUGCAAAAAAGGAUGGAAAGUAAAGGUAGAAGCAAAGCUGAUGAUCUUGAUAUGCCACCUUUUAAACUCAAGAGAACCCAGGUGGAGGGAGACUCUGGCUUGAAUGAGAGCCUGGGCAGAGGCCCAGCACUGAAGAGAGUGGUCUUCAUUGACAGCACCUGGAGCCAGACAAACCAGAUAGUCUCUGACGAGCGCCUUCGGGAGUUAUUACAAGUUGAACUGAAAACAAGAAAAACUUGCUUUUGGCGCCAUCAAAAAGGGAAGCCAGAUACUUUCCUUUCCACAAUUGAAGCCAUUUAUUACUUCCUGGUAGACUACCAUACUGACAUGCUGAAAGAAAAGUACAAAGGACAAUAUGACAAUCUUUUAUUCUUCUAUUCUUUUAUGUACCGCUUGAUAAAGAAUGCCAAAGGCUCUGGAGAGAAGACAAAACCAAAACUCAUCCAUUAGUUCCGCACACUUCGCUGGUUAUAUUGCUCUGCUAAUGUCCACAAGCUUGCAGUUGAGCCUGUUUCCUCUGGAGAAAUCAUGCCCAGUGCCUAUGAGAGGACUCGGGAGGAAAGUUCCAGCUUUGUCCCUUUUUAAAGAGAUGGUUCUGCUUGUAAGACAUAGUUCAGAAGCUAUUUGCUCAGUUUGGGCAUAUCUCAGCUGUAUUGUGCAUUUUAAUAUGUUGUGUUACAUUUACGUGAUUGACAUUAUAUAUGAUUAGAGAUUGUCUUACCUUUUCAUUUAGCUUCACCUUCAGCUUUGGACUUAAAGUCAGAAUCUUUUGGCAGAACAAAAAUGGUGCAACAUAAUUUGCUUGGGGUUAGGGACAGAAUUGGCAGAGGUAGUGUGUUGUGCUCUCUGUGUAAGUCCUCCCUUCCUCCUCUGCCUGGCCUCUGCACUAGGAGAGAACUGUGGCAUCACGUGGUCCCGGCAGAGGGAUGUGCAUAUGACCUGUUUUGGCAAGUCAGGUGACCCAGGGCUAAGAGCACAUGGCCCAACAGAAUUGGGCCUGUUUUGGUAUGCUAGGGAUGCCAUAGGAGAAUGGAACUUGGUUUUUCAAGAGUGAACAAUAUGGGGUUAAACUAAAAUUCCUUCAUGUUUAAAACAUAUCUUUAGAAAUAAAGCUCAGCUUAAAUUGAUUUAAGUAUGGCAAAGUCUAGAUUGGGGUGGGGUAGGGUAGGGAUGUAUGCUAAAGUUAGACUUCUCUGAGCCAAAUCUAUUGCCAUCUCUGUAGUUCUACAAACCAUCAAAACAAUUUAAAGGUUGAAGGAAAAGAGGAGAGAAAUAUCUUACCACUCAUUUGGCCAUCUCACAACAGCCAUAAGAAAGAAGACCUCAUGCCUUGGAUGAGAGCACUGCACAGCCCGGCAGCCAGAUAAAGUCCUUUCCAAAAGCAGAGGAUACCUGCAGGAAUAACGAACUGGCCGUGUUUCUCUUUGUAUGAUAAGCUCUAAAAAUGGCCUUAACCUGCUGCUCCCCAUAUAAUGGCCCUUCAGCCAUUCUUUUGUUGCUUUGAAGUACCCCUCACUCUGAAUCUGAGCCAAAACAUUUCCAAGAUGACUGUAUUUCUAUUUUUGUGCUUUGGGUGUUGAUGUAUAAAUGUGCAUGGCUAUGCUAACCUCCUGGCAGGUGCAACAUUGCCCUUAUCCUGCCUGACUCCUGAUGCAUGUGCAGGGAGUGCCUUAUGGCACUGGCAUUAAACUGUUCCACAGCAUUGUUGUGGCAGUAGACAGCCCAUCUUUAGAUACUGUAUCAGAUGCAUCUCUAGCAUCCACCAAGGUUUUUAGCCCCAUUAUUUCUUAGCUCCCAAUAAAUGGCUUUGUCUUAGUUCCCAUCUUAUACACUGACAAUACCAGUAGGUUUUCAGGAUUCCCUGUGGCUGCCAAAAAGGUUUUUGGAUAUGACCUGCAAUGUUAGUGAAACUGACUAGAUUAAUGGCCUAGCUGUGUCUGGUACACUUCUCUCCCUUCAGAAGACUGUUUUCAGGUACUCAGCCUGCUCAUCCUGACAUGGUUAUUUGCUUAGGCAAGCAUACUUGCCAAGAGACUGACAUUCUCUUUGUGGACUCCAUGCCACAACAGCAGAUGCUGUCCAGUGAGUUGUCAAGUUUGCAUUUGGUUUGCCUCCUUGCUGGUUUCUUUUCCUUCCGUCAGUUUUACCACCCAGGAUCAUGCAGUCUAAUAAAGUUGCAAAUUCAAGCAUACCCUCAGACUCUUCCAGGGAGGCCAGCUAUUUUUAGGUGGGAUUUGGUCAGAAAAGCAGACAUCACUCAAAGUGUUAGAAUACUUUUUUUCAUACAAGUGUAAUAAAGGGAUUGGGGUUUCCCCAAAGGUGAAGUUAUUGGGGGGAGGAAGUCUGGAAGUCUGGAGCAAGGCAGGGAAGGGCUGGAGAGACAGCAGAGCUGCCCAGUACCCAGGCCUGACCAUACAGACCUGUAAGGCUUGGACUUGGAAAGCCUCUUCAUCACUCCUCCACACCUCCAGGCCGACAUGGCCUUCUCAACCCAUCUGAAGCCUUAAGAAGUCUAAGGGACUUCACUUGGUCUUUUCAGUGAGCCCGGGUUAAUUUGGUCUUUGUUCCAGGCCUGUGUUUAAUAAUGAUUUUAUUUGAUGAAAAAGAAUUUCAUUUUCAAUGCAGAAUCCUAGGUUCUGUGCUUCCUCUCAGUCCCAUCUGCAUGCCAUCUCAUCUCCGAGCUCUCCUUACAGUGCCUUAUCUAUUGCUGUGACCAGCAGCUGGCUUUCUCGGAAUCUCCCCAGUUAUCACAAGUACAGUAGGUAUGCAGGAAAACUGAUGUCUUCCGUGUAACGGAAGGAUGAUGUAUCAAUGUUUGGUCUCCAAAUACUAAUGGUUAAAUGGCUUCAAUGAGAACUAUUGCUAAUUAUUUAAUGAACUUUAAUUGAUGACCAUCAGCUGAAAAAAAAAUCACUGCUCAUUCAUAAGAAGCAUUUAUCACCAGAUAAUGGAUACAGUCCACAACAUGAAAAAUGGAAGGAAAAGUGUUGAACACAAAGGGAAAAGACUAUGAGUAUUUUUAAGAAGAUGUAUUUAUUAAAAAUUACAAUUUGGUAGUAUAUAAUGAAAAAGAGAUCCUAGAAAUUAAAGACCUACCUAAAUAAUUCAAUGCAAGAGUUGGAAGAUGAAGUAUCAGAAUAGAAAAUUGUAAUUUCUAAUUACUUGUAAGCCUUGUUAGAUGUUGUAACUGAGAUCAUGGACUACAUGUACAUUACUGAAUAAAGCAAACACAGCAACCUGAAA